AUGCAAGACGCCAAAAACUAUUACAAGAACAAUGACGAAAUCACGACACCAACUUCCCAUCGAGAGGGAGAAUCUGAACCAUCUGAAGAUGAUCCCAAACCUCCAAUGCGUCAAACACCAAUGACUUUCGACCUCGAUAUGGACAAGAACGAAAAUUCAGUACCAGUACAGAUUGAGGACGACGAAGAGGACACUCAAAAACAAAAUCAUGCAGCUGAGUUCCUCAAGUACCACCACAAGUUCAAUCACUGUUCGCCAGCCAAGAUCCAAGCAAUGGCAAAGAAAGGUGAGCUCCCAAAAUACUUGGCAACAUGCGACGUACCUGUAUGCAGUGCUUGCCAAUUUGGAAAGGCAACCAGAAGGCCGUGGCGCACCAAGAACAAGAAGAAUGGUCGCAAAGCAAAAACUGCAACAAGACCAGGACAAGUGGUUAGUGUUGACAUGAUGGAAGCAGGAAUACCGGGUUUGAUCCCACAAACAUCUGGAUUUCUUACCAAAGAACGGUACAGAGUUGCAACCGUUUAUGUCGACCAAUACUCCAACUUCAGCUAUGUGCACUUCCAGAAGAGCACAUCCGUGGAAGAUACGCUGGUAGGCAAGGAGGCAUUCGAGCGACUUGCUGCAACCUAUGGGAUCCAAGUCCAACACUGCCAUGCAGACAACGGAACGUUCGCCGCGAAAGGGUGGAUUGAUGCGUGUCACCGGAAGAAGCAGUCCAUCAGCUUUGCAGGAGUCAAUGCACAUCAUCAGAACGGAAGAGCUGAAGCAAGGAUCAAGCAUAUCCAAGACAUGGCACAUACCUCAUUGAUUCAUGCGACAAAGCGAUGGCCCGAGGCAAUCAAUGCUCAUCUGUGGCCCUUUGCAGUCCGCAUGGCAAAUCUCUCGAUCAAUGCAACACCGUGGUUAGCAGAUCUGAAGAAGCGCUCUCCAGAAGAGAUGUUUUCAGGUUCCAAAGUGGAUAAUAAUCCAAAGCAUUGGCACCACUUUGGUUGCCCCGUGUUCGUCUUAGACAAGAAUAUGCAGCAAGGCAGAAGACCUGCAGGAGGCAAAUGA